AGCGUGAAACUGACUCGGUUCUUCUGCAUCCCCAUUUUUCUUCCAGCAUGUGUGGCAUACUCGCAGGACAUGGUUUGGAAAAGCCUUCAGCUGAUAGAACGCGGUUUAUCGCACUAUCCAAACGUCUCCGUCACCGCGGACCCGAUUGGUCUGGAUGUUACGUUGGCAAAGAAAGUAUACUCGUACAUGAACGGUUAGCUAUUGUCGGCGUAGAUACUGGUGCUCAACCCCUUCUGAGUGAAGAUGGAAAGGUCAUACUUGCUGUCAAUGGAGAAAUAUACAACCAUAUCGCACUUCGUGCCAGCGUUGGUCCCGAUGUCAAAUUCAAGACUCACUCUGACUGUGAGGUCAUUAUACCCCUGUAUAGAAAAUACGACAAGGAAUUAUGCCAGAAGCUAGAUGGGAUGUUCUCCUUUGUCUUGCUCGAUGAAUCAGUAUCGCCGUCGAGGAUCAUUGCCGCUCGUGAUCCUAUCGGUAUCACCACGCUUUACCAGGGCUGGAGCUCAAAGCGCCCCGGGGCUGUCUAUUUCGCAUCUGAACUGAAGGCAUUGGUCGAUGAAUGUGAUAACAUCAUAUCGUUUCCCCCAGGUCACGUCUACGAUAGUCGUGACAACUCAACAACGCGCUACUUCCACCCAUCCUGGUGGACUGGGGAUGCUCCUGAUGCCCUGACGCCGCCAACACCUGUAGAUUAUACGCUCCUGCGAGAAUCUCUCGAAGCAGCAGUGAGAAAGAGGUUGAUGUCCGAAGUCCCUUAUGGUGUGCUUCUGAGUGGUGGGCUCGACAGCAGCUUGAUUGCCGCAAUCGCCUCGCGGGAAACGGAAAAAGUGGCUCAAGCGCAAUAUGAAGCACGGCAGCGAAAGCUCAAGGAAGCGCAAAGUGGACCACCAACCCCUACUUCCAGAUUUGAUGGUAUUACUGAGCAAGCAACACUAGCUUCGUGGCCUCAGCUCCAUUCGUUCUCCAUAGGCUUGGAGAACUCUCCUGAUCUACUCGCGGCGAGAAAAGCAGCACACUAUCUUGGCACUGUUCACCAUGAAUAUGUCUUCACCGUUCAAGAAGGCUUGGAUGCAAUCCCCGACGUAAUAUACCACCUCGAGACAUACGACGUAACCACCGUCCGUGCCAGUACACCGAUGUAUCUGCUUAGCCGUAAGAUUAAGGCCAUGGGUGUGAAGAUGGUGCUUAGUGGAGAGGGCAGUGACGAAAUUCUAGGAGGUUAUCUAUACUUCCACGCAGCCCCCGACAGUCAGUCGUUCCACCAGGAAACUGUUAGGCGCGUGAAGAACCUACAUACUUCCGACUGUCUUCGUGCCAAUAAGUCGACCAUGGCUUGGGGUUUGGAAGCGCGGGUUCCUUUCCUUGAUAAGGCCUUUUUAGAAGUCGCCAUGAAUAUCGAUGCAAAAGAUAAGAUGUUCUCCAAAGGUGCUUCCCAGGAGGUCGAUGCGGAUGGUCGCCCGAAAAUGGAGAAGUAUAUUUUGAGGAAAGCCUUUGACUGUUCACCAGAUGGGAAGCCUUAUCUUCCAAAGUCUAUUUUGUGGCGUCAGAAAGAGCAAUUUUCAGAUGGUGUGGGAUAUUCUUGGAUAGACGGGAUAAAAGAUCAUGCUGCGGCGGUGGUAUCGGAUAAAGAGUUCUCUGACCGUGCACAACGAUGGCCACUUGAAACACCUGAUACGAAAGAAGCGUACUUCAUUCGAGAGAUAUUUGAUGGCCUUUUCCCCCUUGAGGCUGCAGCAAGGACAGCAGUGCGGUGGAUUCCUCGAGGUGAUUGGGGCUGUUCAGCGGAUCCAAGCGGACGGAGUGUUAGCAUUCAUAACGCGGCGUACGGAACGGAUUGAUUGAACUAAAGCAUAGCAAUGAUACAUCUGGACUAGCUGGAUCAAAAACUAGCACUGUAAGAAAUAGGAAGGAAGUAGCCAAGUCGUUUAUAUGGCCAGGCAGUUGAUUAGAUGAGCGAGAGCUUGAACGAUGUCAAUGUAGGUUCCACAAAUAAUGUCUGAUAAGAAGAAAAGCAUGUGAAGCAACGAGUGGUACGGUAUCGUGAAACAGAGAGUACUAGAUGACAUAGCAGAAGCAGAAUGGCAUGACAAGGUAAGGGGGUGCUGACCAUGGAAAAAAGGAGGGUAGGUAUUGCAAGAUAUAAUGAACAAUGUGAUUGAUAAUGAAGAGGUAUUAAGAAUAGUUGAUAUCUAAAGCUUAAAAUUAUUGGGUUAAUGAUGGAUCCUGAACCAACAUCUGACGGUAUAAGCCUACCCCAGAAUCCUCAGACGGAGAAGGGGGAACUGGUUGUUUGGUAGUCGUGGUAGUAGCGCGAGUGGCAGAGCUUGUUUGGGAGAUUUGGCGAGGACGCUUUGAAGUGGGCGUAAGAGCGGACCGAGUGCUGGUGUCCCAUGCAGGUCUCGUCACUGUUGCUUUCAUAGAGUGACCAUCUUCUGAGGGUGCGACGCGCGUGCGAGUGCUGGGUGUUCCUUGAGUGCGUCGGCUUGCGGGACGUGCUGUAGGCGAUGUUUGGUCGCCAGAGACAAGACGUGUUCCGAAUUUAGCAUUUGCAGACGACUCUCUGCCAUAUGAUGAAGUACCUGGCGAGACACGCCGAGUGGUACCGAUAGCACCGUGUUGCUUAGGCUUGAGGACUGGUUUUUGCAAUGUGACUUUGUCUGCUCCCCAGUAAGAGAAACUCAUUUUGCUCUUCUUGUCGGAGUCAUCGGACUCGAUACCCUCCUCUUCGUCGUCGUCGGGAAGAGGCACGAUUUUUGGCUGUUGAGCAGUAGCAGAGUGUACUUGUGCCUUCGAACGUAC